UGCGCCACCAAACCGCCGUCGCCGGUCACUAACUCCAUCCAUGGCUCAUGCUGAUAAUUCAAAGUCCAACAAUUCGGAGCAGCGACCCUAUCUUCGGCUCGAUCCCCCGAAAUUCAACGGAGACGAUCCAUGGGGAUGGACUUUCAAGGUUGACAUGUAUUUCGACUAUUACGGAAUGUUGGAAGAGCAUCGUCUACACUUUAUCGGACUACACUUCGAGCAGCCGGCGCUGGAUUGGCUCAUUUACCGGAAAAAACACAAUUUGCUGAAAUCAUGGCCUGGUUUCAUGGAGGCGGUGAAAGAGAGGUUUGAUCCAACAUACCAUGACAAUCACUUAGGGAAACUCUGCAAGCUGCACCAACUCAACACGGUGAUGGAAUAUCAGGACGAGUUCGAGAGGCUUUUGGUCAAGAUUAAGGGUGCGUCGCUAUCGGAGAGUCACCUUGUCUCCAUAUGUGAAUCGGGCUUCAAAGAUGCUAUUCGAUGGGAACUACACUUGCGAAAGCCGUCGUCCUUGUGUGAAAUGUUUUCGCUUGCGCGCGAAUUCGAGAAGAUGUACGAUGAAGGCUUCAAGUAAGAGAGGUAUGUU